AUGGAGGGGCGGGAGGUAGCCCCCAACCAACCGGCACCCCGCCCUCAACCCCCACCCGUCCAGCAGAAGUUGCGCCCGCCCUACCUCCGCCCCCUCGGUCACACAGGGCGAGGUGUGGGCGCAGGUGGUGGAGCGCAAGGCGGCCCGGCGGCCAAAAAGGCAAUCCGCCCCACGGCACCGCCCCCGCCGACGGCGAAACGAGGAGGGAUGCCCCCUCAGGGAUCGAAGGCGAAAGGAGGGGGAGCAAAGCUACCCCCUGCCCCCAAGAAAACCCGGGUACGCAAGCCGCUCUCCUCCACUGCUAUUACACUGAAUGGCCCGGAGGUGGGAUACGCGGCAGCGAUGGCCGCCUUACAGGCGGCCAUCAAACUGGAGGAUCUUGGGAUCCCCCAUGUGCGGGUGAAACGGGCCCUCACCGGGGCCCGCAUACUCGAGGUGCCCGGACCAGAUGCCCACGCCAAGGCGGACAAGCUGGUGGAGGGCAUCCGGGGGGUCCUCACCAGGGGACAGUGGUCGGUGGCCCGCCCCACCAAGAAGGCCGAGUUGAUGGUUCGGGGUCUGGAGGACUCCAUCUCGGCUGGCGAGGUAGCGGCGGCCAUCGUCACUGUGGGGGGCUGCAGUCCCACUGCGGUGGAGACGGGCCCCAUAAAGGAGGCCCCAGACGGCCUGGGCCGAGUGUGGGUCCGGUGUCUUGCCGCCGCGGCUCUCAAGGUCGCGAGGCAGGCCCGGAUCCAAAUUGGAUGGACGAGGGGGGGGGUGGUGCUGCUGGAGCCACGCCCCCUCCAGUGA